AUGGCACCCCCGACGAGACAAUUCGACAGGCUUUCAAUCGGUCAGAGUAUGCCUGAAACUCGUGUCCAGUCGUCACGGACCGCUCGCGUAGCGGGGCGGCCUGAUCCUUCCGACAACGACGACGACAGUGGGAACCAAGAGGACGACAACUCUCCUGUAGAGAGUUCGAGCGAUGAGGAAGAAAACGAGGACGAGGAAGAGGAAGAAUCUACUCGCGCGUCCACUGUCCGGACGCGAUCUGGGAUCACGUAUGAUUUGAGCCACCUAGAUACCGAAUCCGAGGCCAAGGCAUUACUAGGCUUGACGGGCCAAUUCGAAGUCGUCAAUUGCGGUACCUCGUCCUCUGGCUAUGAAUUCCAGCUUCUCGAUCGACCGCGAGUGCACAUUGGACCAGGUCCGCCUACUUGUACCUGCACAACGUUCCAAAGUCGGCCGGGGGUGGCCUGUCACCACAUCUUUUGGCUCCUUGAUCAGCUCCAUGGUUGCUUCCUCACUGAUCCUGCCUCGACGGAGUUAGCUCUUUCGCACGAUGGCCGCCCCCGUGUGCGUCCGCGCAUUGAGGACCUUCUAAACGGCCAGCUUGAAGCGGUAGCGGACCAAAUGAACUGGCCGUACCUUCGGGUCGAAGGCGACGGGAGGAGUACAGGUAUGACGCGUGCCGAAAAGGUGCGAGACGUCCUCUCUGCAUUCAGUCCGAAGGUCCUACCUGAGGAUUUCCGCCAGGAUUUGGUCGAAACAACUGCGCAAACGCGAACUCCGGAACAAUGCGUGGUUCAGGGUGAUUUCGAAGCGACUAUCUUCCGGCUUGCGGUUCACGAUGAAAGCGUUUUCACGAGCAUGUGCAAGGCAAUGCCUUCUGGCGCCUGCGCGGCGAUCUACUUUGACAAGGUCCAGGAGCAGUUGCGUCGACUGCUGGCCAAUUUUGACCGGUACUGUGCGACAGGGGAACAGCCUGUAGACUCGAGCAGCCCUGGAAGAGGAACACUUGAGGUGGACGAAGUUGUUGGGCAGCUACGCCGUUCGGUCUCUCGUAUACACGCGAACAUUGCCCUCCGUGCGCCCUAUGGUUCCGAAGGUGCUGCAAAGGCACUCGUCUCUAUUCUCGAAGCAAUUGCCACGCGCAACAAAGAUCCUUUGGAGGGCAAUACAUGGGGCCGAGCUUCCUUCCACGGUGAGGAUGAGGAUCAGCGCAAUCUAUACCAUUUGCUCAUUGGGUCUGAGGAUAUGGAUCUGGAUCCUGACGCAGAGCUGUUCGUGAUCGAUGCGCUGUGUGCCCUUCCUCCGACGGAUCUUGCACAGUAUAUCCACAAGCUGCUGGAAAUUCGGAGCAAGAUUGAGGUCAAUCGUGCGCCGAAGCAGUUUCUCAUCCGGCUUGGGGCUUUAAUUCGACAAGCUGAGUCGGCCCGCGUAGGUGCAGCAUCAGCCUCUGGACAGAAGCGACCGGCAGCUGGGAACUCGGGCGGUUAUUCGAAACGGAGUCGCUAG